AUGGAGUCCCGGAAUGACUUCAUGUUCAGACCGUUCGGGCCCGGGGGGCAGGCCUUGCCGGUCCCGGGGGAUGCCCCGAGUCUGGACGACUUCGAUUCCGACGAUCCUCUUCGGUUCUUCAAGUACAUCAACGCCGGAGCGCCGGGCCACCUGCCCAUGCCGAAACUGAUGGAGGCCGACGAGGUCCGUCGGCUAUGCAACGAGCGGUCCAGCAGCGUCCUCGCGCACUACGACCGGCUGCAGCGCAUUCUCGACCGCCACGAGUCCACGAUCCAGAAGCGCUGGACGAAGAAAACGAAGCAGCAGCGGCUCCGCAUCCUGCUGGACGGCUGGCCCAACAUGGCCCCGAUGCAUCGGCCCGACUUUGACGCCUUCCGCAGGGAAACGGAGGCCCAGCGCGACGCAGGCACCAAGUUCAGGGACCGCUUCAUGUGGCCCUACAUUAACCAGGAAGACCUGCUGAGACCCAAGAGCCUGCUCCUCAUGCUCAAAUCCAGGGGUCGGCAUCACCCCUGCGAAUUCGCCGCCGCCGAUGGGGACGCCAUGUACCUGGGGAGACUGACCAAGGCGCUCGUGCCCAUUUUCCUGAAUUGCUACGUCGUCACUCUGAACGGCAUGACUCGCCCGGAGGAGUACGGCGCACUUGUCGCCUGGGAGGACCAUCCCGACGCGUUCGAGUGGAUGCAUACUCGGCGACAGUUCCUGCCCGGCGAAGCCCUCGACAUCCUGGAGGCCCAGGACCGCUUGAUGAAGUUCCUCGUCCACUGCUGCGAGCAGCUGCUGCACGACAUACCCGCGGCGGAACUCAUCGGCGAUAAGUACCCAGUUCAGCCUGAGCCGCCGCUGAAGUCCGGCGUGGAACCGGACGGCCUCGACUCGCUCGCCGUCAUGGCUGAAGAAGCGCCCUACCGGCCGCCGGGCCGUCUCGAUUUCGGCCGCAUCGAGUCCCUGCUCGCAGCGCGUUCCUCGGCAGCGGAGGACCAUCUCUGGGCACUCCGAGAGGACCCCAGCUACUUCUCCAACCAGUUGCUCAUUUACAAGGAGCAUCGCCAGGAAAUGAUGAAGGACACCAACGGAAAGCCCCAUCCGAUCUUGCAGCCACUUAAGAUUGGGGUGUUCUGGGAGCGUGUCAUCGGCAAUGUCUUGCUCAGCGCCCAUGUCGAGCUCGAGAUCUUCGCCGAACUCCGGCGCCAGGCCGAGGAGCUGAAACGGCUCCAGCUCAAGUAUGCCGGGACCCUUUCCCCGCACAAGGACCUCCCCGACGAUUACCUCUUCGGGAUCUUGCGGUUCCGGUACUUCCUCAGCCAGCUGGCGAAAGAAUGGUUGAACGACCUGAAGACGACGGUGGUUGCCUCGCCGCCGAUGCGAAGCUUGUUUGUCCGCCUGCCCGCGGAAGACCUCAACAAAAUCAUCGUCACGAUGAAGCCGGGCCUGAAGCAAACCGCAGCAGAGAAAGAGCUGGUGUGGCUGCUGCGAACCCUCUGGGAAGAUGGGGAAGCUCUGUUCUUCGCCCGAAUGCCCAUGAUCGCGGACGAACUCGAGCGACUGCUCCGCGCGGAGCCGCGGGUCAAAGAUAUGAUCUCGGGCUACGUCGCCGGACGAAUCGGAGACCUCUCGAUCCUCUGCGAGUGUCUUCGGCAGCUGGACAUCUACCAGCCCUGGGCCAACGGAUACGAGAACCAUAUGGUCGAUCGCGAGGAGGACAUCAAGGAGGAGAUGGCCAGGUGGAGGGCUGGCUGGUUUGGGAUCCGCAGCACCAUGAAGUCGAAGCCAAUGCUUGCCACCUUUGCGCUUGCCGACCCGUCCGACAAGAAGUUCCACUACCCGGCUGAAAAGCGGCGCACGAAGGAGACGGUCGAAGCCUUGCGCCAGGCUGAGGCCAACCUGGAUGCCUUCUGGGAAAAGUUCGACAAGUGCCUCAAGCCCGGAGAUGUGAAAAGGACCGCCCUGCGCGAGCUCCUGUCCCAGAACCGCACCCUGCAGCGAACAGCGGAAUGGACCGCGCCAGCACCGACGAAGCCGUCCAAGCCGGCCGUGGUUUCCCCUGAAGACGACGUGAUCUACCGGCCGCUGUCCACUCUCUACUUCGAGCUCGGCGCCUCAUCCUCCACCACAAAGCUGGACCCGAUCGCGCAACCGAAAACCAAAGUCAAAACCCGCGGCACGCCAUCACAGCAGCAACAACCACAACAGCAACAGCAACAACAACAACAACAACAACUAGCCGACGCAGUCGCCGCCCUCGACCUGGACACCCCGCAACCACCCGCCCCCAUCCCCGUCGACGCGCGCGCCCUCAAGGUCUUCCGCACCCUCUUCUUCCACCCGGCCGUCACCUCGACCCCGGGCGAGGUCGCCUGGCCCGACUUCCUGCACGCCAUGGCCGCCGCCGGCUUCCGCGCCGAGAAGUUGUACGGCUCCGUCUGGCACCUGCAGCCUGUCGCUCCCUUCCACGAGCCGCACCCGGCCGCCAAGAUCCCGUUCCACGUGGCCCGCCGGAUGGGGAGGCGGCUUGCCAGGGCGUAUGGCUGGUUUGGGGGGUUGUUUGUGCUGAAGGAGAAGUAGUGGGUGAAUAUGGGGGGGAGGCGGUGUGGGGGAGGAGGUCGGAGGUGAGACGCAAGAGACAUGGCAUGGGGGUGCGGGCAAGGGUCAGGUAGAGGGGGUUACUGGAUAUGGCUGGCUCGUUGUGUUGGUCCACUGUGCCUUUUACCUGAAUCACGAUAGGACACGGCAUGGGGAGACAACCACGGUUAUCAGUGCAUACUUGUAUUUCUCGGUCUCUCAACUGCUCACCACAUACAAGAUCUCGGUUGACAUUCUGGG